AUGCAUUACCAAGGCUUUCUCGCUGCCAUGUCCCCUGGAUAUCCAUAUCGCCGAGAUACGGCAAUAUCAGACUUCUUUUCCAGAACAUUGACUUGCAGCAGCGCUUGCGACGAGAUGGCUAUCAGCAUAGUCGGAGGCACAGUCCAGCCUGUAGCCGUGCAGGGAAACUGCAGCUACUCAAUCUAUGCUGGGCCAGAUCUUGAAUACGUUUUUCAAUUCCGCCUCGCCUCUUUGCCUCUUGAGACAGAGACCAUCCAAUUAGCACGCACAAUACAUGGCUCUGUCGUCCCAGCGGUCUCGUCCUAUGGACAGCUAGCAAAUGUCCACGUCUAUUCUAUGCCUCGGGUACAUGGACUAAGCUAUCUCGAUCUUAUCCUUGCUGAUAUAUACCCUCGAAAUUCUAAGGAGCAAUUUGCAUGGCGUAAAACACUUGUAACAGACAUCGCAUGUUUCUUUGCUGCCUCCUUCAAAGCCCCCCAAGAGGUUCCUUCAGACUUCCGCGGCAAGCUACGCCAACAAUAUACCCAAGACCUCGAAUCACUUCUUCAAUCCUUCCCGCCCCGAUUUCACAACAUCAUUCAAAAAUGUCUCGAUUCCAUGGAGGCUGUUCUUGACCUGCCAGUGGUCCUUCUUCAUCGUGACAUUAGCACCGCGAAUCUUAUUGUCGACGCAGAUACCUGCGAACUCAAAGGUGUUCUUGACUGGGGUGAAGCUGGACUUGGCACAUUUGGCCAAAAUCUCCACUUUCUACAAAACCUGAUCUGUGUACUUGACCUACCACACGGGUGGCGACCAUACGAAGAUUACCCGAUUCUGCAAGAGACCUUCUGGAACAAAUUUCAAGACGAAGUGGAAAAUAUAUCACCAGAGAUUAUAAAGACCAUGAAAUUAGCAAGCGUUAUGGGACUGCUACUAUAUCGUGGAUUCACAAGAAGACUUGCAGGCAUGGCAAGUUCUACGCCUAUAUCUGAUGAUAAAGAGGGCAGUUACAACUUUCUAUAUCUAGAUGCCUUUCUUCUUCAGCAAAGUACGAGAAUUAUGAAUUUGGACUGA